AUGUUAAAAUUAUUUUGGGGGAUAUGCAUUUUUCUAAUGAUCACUGAAUGCAUGAAACAUAAUUAUAAAAAUACAAAUAACUUAUUUAACAACCAUAAAAUAAACAAAAAACAAUUUUUCAUUAAAUCAAGGUUACCACUAGAUAAGAUAAAAGAUAAUCAUAUAUAUGAUAUAAAAACAUGGACAAAAUUGGGAAUAAAGCGCUAUACCAAUAAAAAAAAUAAUGAGAUAUAUUCACUUAUAAAUAACAAAAAUAUAAAUUUAGAGACAGAAACUGGGAGGAAAAAAAUUAUCAUAGCUAACUGGAAAUGUUAUUUGUUAAAAGAAGAAGCAUAUCAACUAAUCGACAAAUUAACACAAAUUAAAUUUUCAAAUUAUAUUGAUGUAAUUGUAUCCCCAAAUUUAUUAUUUUUACCUUAUCUUCAUGAAAAAAUAAAGAAAAACGAUUCAAAAAUAUCCCCUUGUUCUCAAGAUGUAAGUUUAGUAAAUGGUUUAGGGGCGUUUACAGGGGAAACAACAGCAAGUUUGCUACAUGAAUUUGGAAUAAAUUAUACAAUAAUAGGACAUAGUGAAAGAAAAAAGAGUUUUUUUAAUGUUGGUGAAAACAUUGAACAAACUGCAUUGAAAGUAUAUAAUGCAAUUAAUUCCAAGUUAAAAGUUAUUUUAUGUGUAGGAGAAAAUUACACAAGUAGGGAAUGCAGUUUCCCCUUUCAAAAAUUUAGGGAAUUGCUUUCUCUAAUUAAGCAAAAAAUCCCAAAAGAAGAAAUUAAAAAUAUUGUUAUAGCCUUUGAGCCCAGAUUUGCUGUAGGAACUGGGAACCCUGUCUCAUCGUCCAAUCUAAACAAUUGUUGUUUUGGUAUAAGAAGAGCGAUAUUCGAUGAAAUUGAUGAAAGUACAAGCAAAUGUAUAAAAAUUGUUUAUGGCGGAUCUAUAACAAAAUCUAACGUGCAGGAUUAUAUAGAAAACACUUCGAUUGAUGGUUUUCUAAUUGGAAAAUGUUCCAUUGCCGAAACAUUUAUCGAGAUAAUAAAGCAUGUUGAUAAUUCUCAUCAUGUAUAA